AUGGUUCAGUGUGUCUAUCGUAUGGUCCUGUUGCCAAGGUUUCUGCAUGCAUCAGUUGUUUGGUGGAUUAGAAGCCAGUUGAAAACGGUGAAAUUGAAACUUGAACAACUGCAAGCAAUGGUGUUUAGAGGGGUUACUGGAGCUAUGAGAACCACGCCAACUUCUGCGUUAGGACACUCGGUAAUCAGAGGAAAUGAAGAAGCAGAUACCUUAGCCCGUAGAGGGUCUGAGAUGACUUUGAUAGGCCCGGAGCCGGCGGUAGGCAUUAUGCCAGGUGCUGUGAAAGGGGCCAUUCAAAGAUGGUCUAGGAUAUGUCACGAGAGAGAGUGGGCGGAGACUACUGUAGGUAGACAGGCCAUGGCUCUGUUGGGAUUAAAACUCAACAGGGGCUUUGCCGAGUCCCUUCUAAAACUCAACAAGAUCAGAGUUAGAGCAGUGGUCAGGCUGCUCACGGGACGUGGCCUCCUGAACUACCAUCAGCACAAAAUAGGUAGAAACGUUUCACCUAGAUGCAGAUUGUGUGACGCGGAAGAGGAAUCUUCUACUCAUAUUUUAUGUCACUGUCCAGCUUACGCUGCAUCGAGACAUCAAUGCUGGGGCCAUGCCUUUGUAGACCCAGAUAGGAUUCGCGACCUCUCGGUAGAAGAGUUACUGGACUUUUGGAAUAAGACAGGACUCUAA